AAUUAACAUUAGUAAGUCUGUCAUUUUCCAUACCAUGAAAGAUGAAAGCCAGCUCUAUUCUAUCAUCUAACAAUGAAUAAACCUCUGAAAUCUUAUUCAACUAACUCAGCAAUUAUCCUUACACAAUGAAAUCAUAGAAUGUAGAAAGAUUGUUAAGGUUUACCCCUUUGGUAAAUGCCUUCGGAGAUGUGUGGGUAGAAGCUAUUUCCCUCUUUCAUCUGGGAGAGUUAAGAAGCCUGGUAUCACUUCAGUGUUAACACAUUUUAGCACCAUGGCGAUGAAAAUGGUAGAACUUCUACUUGUCACUGUUAUCAUAGGUUGUUACUUGACACCGUCUAUGGCUUCAAGUGUCAAGUGUAGCUCAAACUGCCUGAUAAUGCAUCCUCAACAAUGCUUCUGUGAUGAUGACACGGUCCUGAAGGUGAAAGUCACAUCCCGUGACUACGUGAACACUGAGAAUGAGAUAGUGGUGCAUGCUUACAGUGUGUUUGCUCGCUACCAGGCAAGGGUUCUUGCUUCGUUUAAGGAGUCAACAUUUGCCAAGGAUGAUGAUGAUAUCUUCUUUUACUCUCCAACCUUUGAAUGUGCCAUACCUCAACUGGAUCUCAAGGAGAUAUAUGUCAUAGGAGGAAAGGUCAUAGAUGAACUGUUAGUUAUUAGCUCAUGUGAUGGUAUUGCCAUGAAAUUUGAUAACUUAACAGUAGAUCAGCGAAGGGGAUUCAAGAAUAGAUAUAAGGACCAAUGUGAUUUCUGUACGAUCCAGGGAGCUGGUACUACCAAGUACUUUGGUGGUCUUGAGGCUGAAUUGGGUGAGGAGUCCGGACUAUGGAGUCCUCAAGGGUGUUUCUAUAAUCCUAUCCCUUCCACUACCUAUGGUGGUGAGGAUUGUGAGACCCUAUAUUCCUUCUGUAAGCCCCGUCCAGAUACCGGUGUCUGUGAAUGGGAAGGUACUGUGGACUAUGAUGACUGCUUCACCAACAGAGAAGACAUAUGGUUUUUCACAGAGAAGAGUCAACCAGCCUUUACCUGUCGGUCUCAAUGCAAAUUUCAAAAGACUAAGCUAUUGAAAUGGAGGUGUGCCAGGGCUACCAAGAAACUAGAGAGACAGGGUUAUGCUCCAUGCUAAGAUGAUAGGCAAGAUAUAGUAGGCCUGAAGAGGUUGUUGGUAUAACAGAAAGCAACCCUCUAUGAAAAAAACCUUAUUAAAUCAAAAGCCAUAUAUUCAUAUGCCCAUCUUUCAGUUUUUGUCAUUUGACCACUUUUUUUUAAACCAAACUGUCAAUUUCUUGACAAUUUGUCACAUAAAUUCCUUACUUCAGCUUUCUUUAUUAGAUGUGGUGAUACUAAUCUAGACAACGUUUCAGGUCCCUAACAAAAUCCCAAUAUUGUAUUCAGUGAUUAUGACAGUUUUCUUUCCAAGUUUAUGACAGCAUGUGGUGACAGCUCUCUGGUUGAUUUAAAGUUAGAGUCUUAAUUCUUUUCUUAUUCUACAGGGAAAUUCAAAAUUUUUUAGACUCGUUUUUUUGGUCUUUUGGUUACAUACUCUAAUUUUUAUCUUAUAUAUAUAUAUAUAUGCCAUUGAUAUUUCUAUGAUAAUCAACAUAACUGAUUCUAACAACAAUGUAGGCCUCAUAUUUUGAAUUUGUUAUAUCUCAUUUCCUUUCAUCAUGCUCCGCAUGAGGGAGCUGCUUGCAUAUGAAGUCACAAAUUAAACUUUCACUCUCUCAUUCUGUUACGAGUCUUUUUGCAAAUAUUUUUUCAAAUCACUCUGACUUUAUGAACCUCAACUCAUCAUCAGGAUGUACUUCCCCAUAAGAUUUUUCCAGAAAAAUCAUAAUUAAUAAUGCAGAAGUGGGUAAGAUGUAUAAUAAAGGAAAAAAGUAGAUGUGUGUAGAUCAGCCAAAAGUUUUGUACCCUUAACCAUCUGGAGUAAGGUUGGCCCUGAUUGGAUAUGCAGUGUUUCCUCAGAUCCAAAACAAAUUUCCUGAAACUGAAAUUCAAAUUUGCUGAAAUUCAAAUUUGCCGAAAUUCAAAGAUAUUUCCUGGAAUUUUUAAGUUUGAUAUAAAAUAACAAAAAAAUACAAUAGUACAGAUAUCCUAAAUUUGGUCUAGUUGACCAAAAUCAAUGAAUUUAACACUUUAUUCACGCCAUUCUU